AUGAAAUAUAACCUUGUCCUAUUAUUUUUGAAACGUGAACAUCUAAUACUACUAACCAAGAUAGCUCUCCUAAAUGAACAAAAUCCCACUUGUGAAUAUUAAAUCAAUUUGAUUGAUUAAGAAAUUCAAAACGAAGAAAAAUUACUUAUCAAAUCAAAAUGGACUCAAUCUUAAUUAGAAGUACCAAUCUCACCUUCUCUUAUUACAAACUACAUUUCCCUAUCAAUUCUUCUGUCUCUAUCAAAGAGCAUAUUAAAUUUAUUCAAAUAAUUAGAAAUUUAAACUAUAACUGGACUACCUUGGAUGACAUUUUUAAAUAGUAAAAAGUUACAGUUAGAAAGAAUGAAAUUAAUAAGAUCACAAAAAUUGAUAGAGGAGCCUAUCCAUCCUAAGAUUGCCAAUUAUAAAAUAGAUUUUACUUAUGUCCAAUACUUAUUUAAUAAAUAUUACAACUCCAAAAAUAUUGAUUACAAAUAACCAUAUCAAUUGCUAAAUUUAUUUGUCAAAAAGAAGCUGUACAGAAUCAACAAUCGUGUUUGCAUGAGCAUAACAAGUUUAGAAGAUGUCCCCCAACUGCAAUUAAUUAAUACUAAUCUCAUAUAACCAAUUUUAAAUUACGAUUAAUUUAAUAGUACAUUCGAAAAAAGGAUGAAUAAAUUAAUGAACAGAAACUCAUAGAUUUAACAAUCCAUACGCUAAUACAACUAUCUCUAUUAUAAUUAGAGAACUUCUAUUCCAAAUUGCAAGACAUCAGAUGAUCUUCCAACUUUGCAAAGAUAAAAAUUGAACCAUAAUUGCGAAUCUGACAUAUUAAUACUUCCUGAUCAUAGGACACAGAGAACAAAUUAUAGAUUUGCAAAAUUAAUUGAAAGACAAGAAAAUAAAAAUGUUAAACCGAUUAACAUCAAAGAUCAAAUGGAAUUAGUAUUAAUGCAAAAAAUCAAACGUCAUCACACAUCCUCUGAAAGAGAAGACUCCAAAUAGAUUAGUAGAUCUCAACUAUUAAGAAGCGUGAAGUCAGAACAUUUGUUGAUUGAGUAAGAAAUUUUCUUUAAAAAAAUUUUAUAGCCAAUAAAAGAAUAAAAAUUUAAAAUAAAACAAAACAAAUGA